AUCGAUCGUCGCCUGUUGUUGCUGCCGAAGUGCCGGAAUGGUCGACCGUUGCUGAAGAACGGUCGAGUGGGUCGACCGUCCCAAUGGCAGUUUCUCUUGAUCGCGGUUACUGUUCACGAUCGCCCGGCAUCGCGUCCAUCGAUCGUUACUCAGUUUCAGUGGUUUGGAGCAGUUCCCAAUUUGUACGUGUAGGAAUUGCAUGUGGGACCUGCUGGAGAAGCUUGCGCAGAUGCGCGAAUCGAGGGAGCGUUUCUUGCAAGUUUGGAGCAGUUCCCAAUUUGUACGUGUAGGAAUUGCACGUGGAACCUGCUGGAGAAGCUUGCGUGAUACGGUAUCGUAUCGGGAUAGGGAAAAACUUCGAGCGUUCUUCAAGCUCCAAGAGAAAAAGAGACGAGAAGAGGGAGAGAACCGCAAAUCUUUGUUCGGCGGAAGAGAAGAACGAGAGAUAAAGGAAGAGAUUAGGCAAGAUCAACACCAUGACUCACUCACCCAAUUUGUACCGCCUAAGGCCUUCAUAAAGUCAAGUGCCACCGGCAUUGCUAAAUCAACUCACCAAGUCGAUUGGGGCCGGCCAUCCGGGUUUUCUGCGGGGCUUCUAGGCAAUGGGCAGGCACCUGGUCGGCCUGGGUUGGAGUUUUUGGGUCGCUGGUCGCUCCGACGGGUUACCAGGUUGAUCCAGUGGCGAUUGUACAGUUCUGGUGGGGCAGCGGGCUUGAGGAUAGAGUUCUUGGUCCCAAAUUCGCAAUACGGGUAAGUUUAUUUAAUGUCACUUGAGAUUUGUCUUGUUAUGAGCAUGAUGGUAAUUGGUGAGGCUAGGUUCUUCCGAUAGGCCCCUGAUUGCACUGUUCUGAGUAUGUGAGUUGUUUUGAGCUUAUUGGUGUUACUAUUGAACUGUGAACUGUGUUG